AUGCUUCCAUCACCAAGUCGAUACUUUCUUGGUCAUCAUCUUCAAGCUCACGGUUUAUAUGAAAUGCAACACAAUGGGACUCUACAUGAAUUUAUUCGAAAAUGUUCACCAGAUUUGAUACUUAUGCUAAGAUUAUAUGAAGUCGAACUGGGCAAUACAUCAACAGAUGAAAUUAUCGGUCAACUUUUUAUUACGUUCAGAACAAAUUAUGUUGCGACAGAAUAUUCACUAGAAACGGAACUCCAAUCAUUCCGUCAUUUGUGUUUUGCUUAUGAUUCUAACUAG